UUUAUAAAUAAUUGGUCAGUAUUAACUGCCAUGCCGAAGUGUUUUUAAUCUGGUCACAUCCGAUGGCAGCGAUUUUACGUAAAACCCCAAUUCUUGCGGAAAGCCUGCAGAGAUGUUUUGCCUCCGCCGCCAAGGCCGCAAAAGCGAAGCCCGUCAAAACCGGCUCUAUAACAGCUGUCGGCGAGUCCAUUGCCGCUAGGGGCUUCCUGCGUCCCCAUAAGCCGUACUCACCACCUGCAGAUGCAGCAGAGCGUAUACGAACUGUAGCCGCCUCGCUUCAACUGAAAUCCGAUCAGUUGGGUAAUCUCUCCGAGAAGUUCGAGUUCCUAAACGCGUGCUUCCAGGAGCUGCAACACGGAGUGCCCAACUCCCAAGUCCAUGAACUGCGCACCAUCGGCGAUGUUAUCGCCUUCUACGAGACAACUGUGGACACAACCGUGCCGUUGGAUGCACUGAAGCGCAUAGAGUUGCCGGAGAAUCUGCACAUCCAGUACGAGUACGUGCGCUUCCAUCCCGAGACAGAUACCAAAUUCGACGGCAAAACGGCUUUCCCCAAGAGCUCCACCCUGGUUACGGGUCUCAAGUACCGUGGCAAGUACGAGGGACACGAAGCCAAGCGGUCAUGGCCUUAGAAACAGCCAAUUGUUAGUUGUUAAUGUCUUACACUUAUUAAACGCCUGCUACAGUUUAAA